AUGCAGGACGGACCUCCACGCAGGACGGACCUCCACACAGAGAGGACCUCCACGCAGGACGGACCUCCACACAGAGAGGACCUCCAUGCAGGACGGACCUCAGUGCAGAGCGGAGCUCAGUGCAGGGCGGACCUCCACACAGAGCAGAUCUCCACGCAGGACGGACCUCCACGCAGAGGGGACCUCCACGCAGAGGGGACCUCCACGCAGAGCAGACCUCCACGCAGGGCGGACCUCAGUGCAGAGCGGACCUCCACGCAGGGUGGACCUCCACGCAGAGCAGACCUCCACGCAGGGCGGACCUCAGUGCAGAGCGGACCUCCACGCAGAGCGGACCUCCACACAGAGGGGACCUCGACGCAGAGCAGACCUCCACGCAGAGCAGACCUCCACGCAGAGCAGACCUCCACGCAGAGGGGACCUCCAUGCAGAGGGGACCUCGACGCAGAGCAGACCUCCACGCAGAGCAGACCUCCACGCAGAGCAGACCUCCACGCAGAGGGGACCUCCACGCAGAGGGGACCUCCACGCAGAGGGGACCUCCACGCAGAGCAGACCUCCACGCAGGGCGGACCUCCACGCAGAGCAGACCUCCACGCAGGGCGGACCUCCACACAGAGUGGACCUCCACGCAGGGCGGACCUCCACGCAGAGCAGACCUCCACGCAGAGGGGACCUCCACGCAGAGGGGACCUCCACGCAGAGCGGACCUCCACGCAGAGCAGACCUCCACGCAGGGCGGACCUCCACACAGAGUGGACCUCCACGCAGGGCGGACCUCCACGCAGAGCAGACCUCCACGCAGGGCGGACCUCCACACAGAGUGGACCUCCACGCAGGGCGGACCUCCACGCAGAGCAGACCUCCACGCAGAGGGGACCUCCACGCAGAGGGGACCUCCACGCAGAGCGGACCUCCACGCAGGGCGGACCUCCACGCAGAGUGGACCUCCACGCAGAGCGGACCUCCACGCAGGGCGGACCUCCACGCAGGGCGGACCUCCAUGCAGAGGGGACCUCCACGCAGAGGGGACCUCCACGCAGAGUGGACCUCCACGCAGAGCGGACCUCCACACAGAGCAGACCUCCACGCAGGGCGGACCUCCACGCAGGGCGGACCUCCACGCAGGGCGGACCUCCAUGCAGAGGGGACCUCCAUGCAGAGGGGACCUCCACGCAGAGCAGACCUCCACACAGAGCGGACCUCCACGAAGAGUGGACCUCCACGCAGAGCGGACCUCCACGCAGGGCGGACCUCCACGCAGAGCGGACCUCCACACAGGGCGGACCUCCACGCAGGGCGGACCUCCACGCAGGGCGGACCUCCACGCAGGGCGGACCUCCAUGCAGAGGGGACCUCCAUGCAGGGCGGACCUCCACGCAGGGCGGACCUCCACGCAGAGCAGACCUCCACGCAGGGCGGACCUCCACGCAGAGCGGACCUCCACGCAGAGCAGACCUCCACGCAGAGCAGACCUCCACGCAGGGCGGACCUCCACACAGAGCAGACCUCCACGCAGGGCGGACCUCCACGCAGAGCGGACCUCCACGCAGAGCAGACCUCCUUGCAGAGCGGACCUCCACGCAGGGCGGACCUCCACGCAGGGCGGACCUCCACGCAGGGCGGACCUCCACGCAGAGCGGACCUCCACGCAGGGCGGACCUCCGCGCAGAGCGGACCUCCACGCAGAGCAGACCUCCUUGCAGAGCGGACCUCCACGCAGAGGGGACCUCGACGCAGAGCAGACCUCCACGCAGAGCGGACCUCCACGCAGAGCGGACCUCCACGCAGAGCAGACCUCCUUGCAGAGCGGACCUCCACGCAGAGGGGACCUCGACGCAGAGCAGACCUCCACGCAGAGGGGACCUCCAUGCAGAGGGGACCUCCACGCAGAGCAGACCUCCACGCAGGGCGGACCUCCGCGCAGAGCGGACCUCCACGCAGAGGGGACCUCCACGCAGAGCGGACCUCCACGCAGAGGGGACCUCCACGCAGAGGGGACCUCCACGCAGAGGGGACCUCCACGCAGAGGGGACCUCCACGCAGGGCGGACCUCCACACAGGGCAGACCUCCACGCAGAGCGGACCUCCACGCAGAGGGGACCUCCACGCAGAGGGGACCUCCACGCAGGGCGGACCUCCACACAGGGCAGACCUCCACGCAGAGCGGACCUCCACGCAGAGGGGACCUCCACGCAGAGGGGACCUCCACGCAGAGGGGACCUCCACGCAGAGCGGACCUCCACGCAGAGGGGACCUCCACGCAGAGCGGACCUCCACGCAGAGGGGACCUCCACGCAGGGCGGACCUCCACGCAGGGCGGACCUCCACGCAGGGCGGACCUCCACGCAGAGCGGACCUCCACGCAGGGCGGACCUCCACGCAGAGCAGACCUCCACGCAGGGCGGACCUCCACGCAGAGGGGACCUCCACGCAGAGGGGACCUCCACGCAGAGGGGACCUCCACGCAGGGCGGACCUCCACGCAGAGGGGACCUCCACGCAGGGCGGACCUCCACGCAGAGGGGACCUCCAUGCAGGGCGGACCUCCACGCAGAGCAGACCUCCACACAGAGCGGACCUCCACGCAGAGGGGACCUCCAUGCAGAGGGGACCUCCACGCAGGGCGGACCUCCACGCAGAGCAGACCUCCACGCAGAGCGGGCCUCCACGCAGAGCGGGCCUCCACGCAGAGCAGACCUCCACGAAGGGUGGACCUCCACGCAGAGCAGACCUCCACGCAGGGCGGACCUCCGCGCAGGGCGGACCUCCACGCAGAGAGGACCUCCACGCAGGGCGGACCUCCACGCAGAGCAGACCUCCACGCAGGGCGGACCUCCACGCAGAGGGGACCUCCACGCAGAGCAGACCUCCAUGCAGAGCAGACCUCCACGCAGGGCGGACCUCCACGCAGAGCGGACCUCCACGCAGAGCGGACCUCCACGCAGAGCAGACCUCCACGCAGAGCGGACCUCCACACAGAGCAGACCUCCACGCAGGGCGGACCUCCACGCAGGGCGGACCUCCAUGCAGGGCGGACCUCCUUGCAGAGCGGACCUCCACGCAGAGGGGACCUCCACGCAGAGCGGACCUCCACGCAGAGCAGACCUCCUUGCAGAGCGGACCUCCACGCAGACGGGACCUCGACGCAGAGCAGACCUCCACGCAGAGCAGACCUCCACGCAGAGGGGACCUCCACGCAGAGGGGACCUCCACGCAGAGCAGACCUCCACGCAGGGCGGACCUCCACGCAGGGCGGACCUCCACGCAGGGCGGACCUCCACGCAGAGCGGACCUCCACGCAGAGGGGACCUCCACGCAGGGCGGACCUCCACGCAGAGGGGACCUCCACGCAGAGCGGACCUCCACGCAGGGCGGACCUCCACGCAGAGGGGACCUCCACGCAGAGCGGACCUCCACGCAGGGCGGACCUCCACGCAGAGGGGACCUCCACGCAGAGCGGACCUCCACGCAGGGCGGACCUCCACGCAGAGGGGACCUCGACGCAGAGCAGACCUCCACGCAGGGCGGACCUCCGCGCAGAGCGGACCUCCACGCAGAGGGGACCUCCACGCAGAGGGGACCUCCACGCAGGGCAGACCUCCACGCAGGGCGGACCUCCACGCAGAGCAGACCUCCACGCAGGGCGGACCUCCACGCAGAGGGGACCUCCACGCAGAGGGGACCUUCACGCAGAGGGGACCUCCACGCUGGGCGGACCUCCACGCAGAGCAGACCUCCACGCAGGGCGGACCUCCACGCAGAGCAGACCUCCACGCAGGGCGGACCUCCACGCAGAGGGGACCUCCACGCAGAGCAGACCUCCACGCAGAGCGGACCUCCACGCAGAGCGGACCUCCACGCAGAGCGGACCUCCACGCAGAGCAGACCUCCACGCAGGGCGGACCUCCACGCAGAGGGGACCUCCACGCAGAGGGGACCUCCACGCAGAGGGGACCUCCACGCAGGGCGGACCUCCACGCAGAGGGGACCUCCGCGCAGAGGGGACCUCCAUGCAGAGGGGACCUCCACGCAGGGCGGACCUCCACGCAGAGGGGACCUCCACGCAGGGCGGACCUCCACGCAGAGGGGACCUCCGCGCAGAGGGGACCUCCUUGCAGAGGGGACCUCCAUGCAGAGGGGACCUCCACGCAGGGCGGACCUCCACGCAGAGCAGACCUCCACGCAGGGCGGACCUCCACGCAGGGCGGACCUCCACGCAGAGCGGACCUCCACGCAGAGUGGACCUCCACGCAGGGCGGACCUCCACGCAGAGGGGACCUCCACGCAGAGCGGACCUCCACGCAGGGCGGACCUCCACGCAGGGCAGACCGCCACAGAGUGGACCUCCACGCAGAGCGGACCUCCACGCAGGGCGGACCUCCACGCAGAGCAGACCUCCACGCAGGGCGGACCUCCACGCAGAGGGGACCUCCACGCAGAGCGGACCUCCACGCAGGGCGGACCUCCACGCAGGGCGGACCUCCACGCAGAUGGGACCUCCACGCAGAGGGGACCUCCACGCAGAGGGGACCUCCACGCAGAGCGGACCUCCACGCAGGGCGGACCUCCACGCAGAGCAGACCUCCACGCAGGGCGGACCUCCACGCAGAGCGGACCUCCACGCAGAGCAGACCUCCACGCAGGGCGGACCUCCACGCAGGGCGGACCUCCACGCAGAGCAGACCUCCACGAAGGGCGGACCUCCACGCAGAGCAGACCUCCACGCAGGGCGGGCCUCCGCGCAGGGCGGACCUCCACGCAGAGCAGACCUCAGCGCAGGGCGGACCUCCACGCAGAGGGGACCUCCACGCAGAGGGGACCUCCACGCAGAGCAGACCUCCACGCAGGGCGGACCUCCACGCAGGGCGGACCUCCACGCAGAGGGGACCUCCACGCAGAGCGGACCUCCACGCAGGGCGGACCUCCACGCAGGGCGGACCUCCACGCAGGGCUGACCUCCACGCAGAGCGGACCUCCACGCAGAGCGGACCUCCACGCAGAGCAGACCUCCACGCAGAGCAGACCUCCACGAAGGGCGGACCUCCACGCAGAGCGGACCUCCACACAGAGCAGACCUCCACGCAGGGCGGACCUCCACGCAGAGCGGACCUCCACGCAGGGCGGGCCUCCGCGCAGGGCGGACCUCCACGCAGGGCGGACCUCCACGCAGAGCAGACCUCCACGCAGAGGGGACCUCCAUGCAGGGCGGACCUCCACGCAGAGGGGACCUCCACGCAGAGGGGACCUCCACGCACGGCGGACCUCCACGCAGGGUGGACCUCCACGCAGAGGGGACCUCCACGCAGAGGGGACCUCCAUGCAGGGUGGACCUCCAUGCAGGGUGGACCUCCAUGCAGGGUGGACCUCCACGCAGAGCGGACCUCCACACAGAGGGGACCUCCAUGCAGAGGGGACCUCCACGCAGGGCGGACCUCCAUGCAGGGCGGACCUCAGCGCAGGGCGGACCUCCAUGCAGGGCGGACCUCAGCGCAGGACGGACCUCCAUGCAGACCUCUGCAGGGAGCUGGGAGGGAGGGCGGCUGGGAGGGAGGGCACUUGCCGGAAGAUCUCACAGCCCAGGACGGGUUCCAGGAAGGAUGGGGUGUCUCCAGGAGAGCACCCCUCGGUGCCAGAGGAGGCCUGGGAGAAGGACAGGAGCCUGGUCCCUCAGGGCCAUGGGCGGUGCUGCCGCCGGAUCGUCUUCCACACAGACCGCGCGGGGAGGAAACAAACCCACCGGACACCAGCAUUGAUUUACUGGUCCACAGCCCGGCCGACUCUGGAAAACACAGUAAAAAUGGGCGCUGCCCAGAUGAACAAGGCAGCCGCAGGCGAUCCUCGUGUCUCUCGGGCCUCCGUGGAUCUGAAGCACAGCUCCACUUUGCCCUGUGCACGAGCAGGAAAGCAAACCCAGAGGCAGAAGAUACUGGUCUGUAUGAGCAAGAUGGCUCCAGAGCGCGGCCCCUGCGGCGUGGACCAGGUCCUCCAGAGCACACCCCCUGCGGCAAGGACAGCGUCCGAUGAGGCAGAGACACCGCGCACUCACAGCACAGCCCGCAGCUCCACAGCAGGCGCAGCGGGCCCGGCCCCACCGGCUGAGAAGGGUCCCGCGACACGUUCCUUGCUCUCGGAGCUGGAGGCCCCACGGCAGGCCCAGGGCAGGCCGCAGCUCUGCCAGGGCCACGUGGGCACGUGCAGCAAACUGUCUUGGAAGGAGCAGGGGACCAAAGACAGCUCAGAGCAGCCGGUGCUGCAGGUGUGCUCCGGGGACCCGGCUGAGGCCGCCGCCCGCCGACCCCGUCGCCCCCUCGCGGAGCCCAUCGGCGACCUGCCCGCGUCCCGGAGCCCAGACGGCCUGGACGGCACGGACCGAACGAAUCCGCUCUCCCGGGGGCCGGUUCGGGCGCGGGGCGGCGGCGACGCCCGCCGGGUCCCCCGGUCCGCGGCCGGCCCAGCGCGGAGCGCGGAGGAACUGCGUCCGCGGGCGCUCGACUGUGGGGUGGUCAGUGAAUUCCUGCAAGCCCUCUCCCCGGUGCUCCCGGGGACGGCCGGCAGCAGGAGGCGGGACCCGCGUUUCCCUCCCCGAGGACCGAGGACCCGAGGGCCGGCAUGCCCGCGGCUGGCGCUGCCCGGCACCAGCAGCUUUGUCUUUGCGGCCCGGCGGACGGCGCGUGAGCGACCCGCGGCCCGGCGAAGGCCGAGUCCGCGCGGGGCUCCUCUGGGCGCAGGGCCCUCCGCGCGGCCCGGGCCCGUGGUCUUCGGGGGUGGCCGCCGCUCAGCGGCUCAGCCCGGCCGGGGCCCGGCCUGGGCGGCCCGGGACGCGGAACCUCCCGGCUCCCCCGGCCCACGGCGCCCGGGCGCGGGGGCGCGGGAGGCCGCGGAGCGCCCACGGAGGCCGGGGCUGCGGCUGCGGUCCCCGCCCCGCCCGGGCGGCCCGGCCCGCCGCGCAGCUUAG